AUGGCAACUAGAGAGAUUUCCGACCUCGAGGUUAAAGCUACUUUACUCCUGCCCAGAUCCCCCCCGCAGGGACAGCAGCCGAUCCGCAAUCUGACGCAUCGCCAAUUCCGAAACUGUUCCAACCCCUCACUUGGCCAUCUAGCGAAUUCAUUGCUGGAGACGGAUGGACUCGAUAUUGUUCUCGUUGGUCGCGGAUUCCAGAAAACCCCGGGCUUGGUCUGGACCUUUGCCGAUGAGCUAGGAGUAGAGAUCUCCAUGGCAAAUCAGAUACGAUGGGGGUUUUCUCAUCGCGGUGGUGGGCCAUUCCUAAGAAAGAGGACCGGAAAGAUUUAG